UUUAUUAGCCUUUAUUUUAUUAGCAUUUAAGACAGAAUUACAUCAAUACAUGCUGGCAAACUGCUAUAUAAUUACUUGCUGUACAGCUAAUAGGUUCAGGUUUGGUUUCUCUGGUAACAGACGUUUACAGAAAGCUCCAGCAGGAGGCGCUGUGAACAUUAACUGCGCCGUAAACUCACAACAGAAGAAGAUGAGCUGCAGCUUUUAUUUCUCUUUCUCUCCGUGUAAACAGCUGAGCCGUUGGUUUAUUAUUCCUCCCUGAAACUAUUCCUGGGUUUGUUUCAUAUUGCAUAAAAAUAAUAAAAUCCUGUCUUUGUCUGUAUUUGAGGAUGUUCACUACAUUGUGACUUAAAACCUGAGGUUUAAUGGAGUCUGUAAUUCUGCAGAAUAGUCCAGAUUUCUGCUCAUAAACCUCUUUUUCCAGUUUAUUGAUUUGAAACUCUUAUUAAAAUGGAAUCAGCGGAGGCACGACUGGGCUGUAGCAGAAAACCUCCACACACUCCUGCUCACUCACAGCUUUGUGAGGAUGUGCAGCCAAAAACUUGUACGGCUUCAGGUGGAGGGACAUCGAGCUCUGUGGGACACAUCGGCCCAGUAGACCAUCAGAAACAUAUAAAAAAGGAAGAACCUGAUGAUGAAGACUACCUCUGUGGAUGGACAUCAAGCUCUGCGGGAGACAUCACACCUAUGGACGAACAGAAACAUGUAAUAAAGGAAGAAUCUGAUGAUGAAGACUAUCUCUGUGAAGGAACAUCAUGGUGCGUGGGCCACAGCACCUCUGCGGAUGAACUGAGUGGUGGAAAUAAACAUAUAAAAGAGGAAGAGCCUGAAGAUGAAGGCUACAUCUGGACAACAACAGCCUGUGAAAUGAACAAUCCCCAGUUACAAGUCUUCUCCUGCUCCUGGUGUUCACUUUCCUGUGCAUCUCAAAUUUACCUCCAAAAACACAUCAGACAAUGGCACUAUGAUGAAUACAAGACACUCAUAAAAUCAGGAGAAAUUAAUUAUGAGAGUCUGCCCACACGAAGCUCCAGACAUGACCAAACAAUCUCUGUUAGUCUGAACGCCUCUAACACCCGUAGCACCUCUCAUGAACAAAUGCAGAAAGAAAUCCAUCCCUGCUCAGUGUGUGGUAAGAGUUUUUCCCAGCAGAGUAACCUCCAACGACACCAGCGCAUUCACACAGGAGAAAAACCACAUAACUGCCCAGAGUGUGGGAAGACCUUCGCGCACAAGUGUAAUCUGCAACGGCACCAGCGCAUUCACAAUGGAGGGAAGAAAUACAACUGCUCAGAGUGUGGGAAGAGUUUUGCCCAGCAGAGUUAUCUCCAACAACACCAGGUCAUUCACACGGGAGAGAAACCCUAUCACUGCUCACAGUGUGGGAAGAGUUUUAUUCGACAGAGUGAUCUCCAACAACACCAGGUCAUUCACACGGGAGAAAAGCCACAUCACUGCUCAGAGUGUGGGAAGAGCUUUAUUCGACAGAGUCAUCUCAUCCGGCACCAGCGGAUUCAUACAGGAGAGAAGCCCUAUCAGUGCUCAGAGUGUGGGAAGAGAUUUGCCCAACAGAGUUAUCUCCAACAACACCAGCGCGUUCACACAGGAGAGAAGCCGUACCGCUGCACACAAUGCGGGAAGAGUUUUAUUCGACAUGGUAAUCUCCAAGAUCAUCAGCUCAUUCACAUACAAGUGAAGCCGUAUUGCUGCUCACAGUGUGGGAAGAGCUUUAUUCGACAGAGCGAACUCCAGACACACCAGCGCAUUCACACAGGAGAGAAGCCCUAUCACUGCUCGGACUGUGGGAAGGGUUUUAGAGGCAAGAGGCAUCUCAAAGCACACCAAGUCAUUCACACAGGGGAGAAGACUUAUUAUUGCUCAGGGUGUAGGAAGAGUUUUAAUCGACAGAGUGAUCUCCAAAACCACCUCUGUGUUCACAAAGAAGAGAAGCCGUACCACUGCUUUACAUUGUGGGAAGAGUUUUAUUCAACCGAAUGUGCUUGACAAACACUGGUGCAUUCACACAGGACAGACGUGGUGUCACUGCUCACAGUGUGAGAAGAGUUUAGCCCAACACAGUAAACUCUGUUGACACUAGGGUAUGCAAAUAGCAGUGUAGAUGGACAUUUCUGUUAUUCAGAUGUAUUUAAGAUAUUUAAGAUAAGUGCGCUGACACGGAGCCAUCAGCUUCUGUUACAUGACCUCUAAAUCAUAUAUCCAGUUAUCAUGUUGGCAUGAUUUGUAUAAGUAUGUACUUUAUAUUACAUUACUAUUAUAAUACUGUAUAUUUGUGUGUGUAUAAUUAGUAUACUAUGUAUUUAUAUUAUUAUUGAUUUGUUUGUGUUGGAAUUGGACUUGAUCAAUUGAAUCUGUUAUAACAUUUUUUAGUAUAAAGGAAUUAGUUUGCUCCUGCCCUUAGGGCACAUUAGUCCAUCAUCAUAUCUCUGUCACAGUUACAUUUACGGCAUUUGGCAGACACCCUUAUCCAGAGUGACUUACAUUUAUCUCAUUUAUACAACUGAGUAAUUGAGGGUUAAGGGCCUUGCCCAAGGGCCCAACAGUGGUAGCUUGGCAGUGCUGGGGCUUGAAAUCAUGACCUUCUGUUCAGUAACCCAGAGCCUUUAACCACUGAGCCACCACUGCCCCAUUCUAUACUAUAUGGCCAAUAGUAUGUGGACACCUGUUAUACCAGUAGGGCUUGUCACAGCCUUAGUCAUUGGAAUUGGUUGUGUUAGGCAUGGUGGAAAGGCUGAAGGAAGAGUUGGCCCUGCCGGAGGUAUGAGGGGCAGUAGUGCCAUAGCAGGUCCACAUCUACCUUUAUAAUCAAUAUGUGAGCCUAAGGGGCAGUUAGCCCCUACAUAAUCUCCAGUCAGAUAAUGCUACGUCUGAGGCGUAGUUGCAACUUGUAAUUCCCUGUCUCUAACUGGAACAAACCAUAGAAAAUGCCUCCUCACCUUGAAAUUUCAACUAUCAGUUUACUAUAGUAGAACAGUCCAAAUAGCCAGUCAGGCCUGUAACAGUAAAAGUGUGGUUAAUGUAGCUUUUUAUGAGCUUUAUGUUCUCAAACAAAAGACACAGAAGAGGAAGCAGAGGAUUCAUGGCAUAAACCCAGUUGUGCUUGAAACACAGACAAAAUAUAAAUCACUAAUGCAGUUCCUUAUCUCCUGUGUGUGGUAUUAUUAUUAUUAUUAUUAUUAUUAUUAUUAUUAUUUUAUUAUUAGGGGUUCAAGCACCGAAGGUGCUGAGUUACAGUGUAAAGCACUUUGGAACCACUGAGGUUAAAAAAGCGCUAUAUAAGUGCGACCAUUUUCAUUUAUCACACCUUCAAAUCCAUAAAAUUAGAAUCAGGUGUUCAGGAUUGGGUGCCAGUGAUUAGAACCUGCUUAGGGAGUGCAGGUGGAACCGGUCUUAUUUAUAUCCCUCUCAUAUCUAGUGUCUGGUGUUCCCUUUGGAAUUGAGAUAUGUGAUGUCAUCAUGCCAAGCUCUAAAGAGUUCCAUAAAGCCUUCAGACAGAUCUGGCAAGGGAUUUAAAAAGAUCUCCAAAUUAUUUUAAAUACAUCAUUCCACUGCAAGGAAAAUCAUCCACAAGUGGCACAAAUUUCAUACGACUACCAAUUAGUCCAGGACUGGCCGUCCCAGCAAAUUCAGCCCAAGAGCAGACCAUUUGAUGCACAAAUAAGUCUCCAAGAACCACAAAAUUUCAUCACAGGAUCUGCUAGUAAUUUUUGUAACUGUUGGUGUCAAAGUGCAUGCCUUCUAUAAUCAGAGAGAGCACAUAUUUGACCUGCAUGGGAGGCAUGCUAGGAAAAAGCCUUUCCAAGAUUACAGCCAAUGAGCAUAUAGGGAAAGACCAGGCCUUUUGGAAUAAUGUGCUCUGGACAGACGAAUCAAAGAUAGAGUUGUUUGGCCACAGUAAUAGCAGACAUGUUUGGUGCAGACCAAAUUCAGCUUUUCAGGAGAAGCACCUCAUACCAACUGUGAAGCACGGUGGUGGAAAUGGUAUGCUUUGGGGUUGCUUCGCUGCCUCAGGGACUGGACAGUUUGCAUUCAUUGAUUCAACUAUGAAUUCUGCAUCAUAUCAAAGAGUGCUUGAAGAUAACUUGAGGCCAUCUGUCCGAAAGUUGAAGUUAAACUGAAAGUGGACCUUUCAACAGGAUAAUGAU